AUUCAUUAAAUUUAUGUGGAGAAAUUAUAAAAAAAAUUGAUUGAUAAUUGGAAAGAAACAACAAAUUUUGUGAAAAGCAGUAAGAGUGGCAACAAGAACAACGUUCAAACAAUAUGGAAAUUGCCUUAAAUUCGGAUUAUCCAGGAGGUUUUAAAACUGAAGAUGUGACAACAGAAGCAAUACCAUUAUCAACCACACUAUCAUGCCAAACAUCGGCAACACCGAACUCGAAAGCAUUGGCGAUAUCAACCACAACCUUACAAGAGCCUCAUCUGCAACAUCAGUCAUCAACCGCAAAUAAAUUUACUUUCACAACAGCUGGAUUACAAGCAUUGGUUUCGGCCAAUAUAUGCGAAGAAGAGCAGCAGCGGCCAGCAACGCAAGCAACAUACACUAUCUUCAGUUCAAAAGAUGCCGGCAGAGCUUUACUGGAAGCCUUAUCGAUUAAAACCAAUAACAAAACCAAAAACAAUCAGCCACAAACACCACAACAGCAAACCAAUGGUACUGGACCCACCAGCUGUAACAAGUAUAAUUUUCAAAUUCCGUCCGAUAUACUCGAUGAUCUGGCUAGUCGUUUUAUUAUUAACGUGCCAGAUAUGGAAUUAAAUAAUUUAAUAAGGAUUUGCUUUCAAAUUGAACUGGCUCAUUGGUUCUAUUUAGAUUUCUUUUGUGCUUCCGAGGAGGAGAAAAAGAUGCAACCGUGUGGCAUGAAACAGUUUGCUAUGCAAUUAUUUGAGCAUAUACCAUUCCUACGCCAACAUUUAUCAUCGAUUGAUAAAAUAUUGGAAGAUUGGAAGAAUUAUAAAUUAUCCGUGCCCACCUAUGGAGCCAUACUAAUAUCAGAAGAUCUCAAUUAUUGUUUACUAGUGCAAUCAUAUUUUGCCAAAAGUUCUUGGGGCUUUCCCAAAGGAAAAGUCAACGAGAAUGAAGAUCCGGUACAUUGUGCCACUAGAGAGGUAUUCGAAGAAACAGGUUACGAUAUCACCGAAUUAAUUGUACCCAAUGAUUUUAUUGAGGCUGUUAUCAAUUAUCAAUACACACGCUUGUACAUCGUGAGCGAUGUUUCGUUAGAAACGAAAUUCUCGCCGCGGACACGCAAUGAGAUUAAAUGCUGUGAUUGGUUUCCGAUUGAUUCAUUGCCAGUCAAUAAAAAUGAUGCCAUAUCAAAAGCCAAAUUGGGCAUAAAUGCCAAUUCAUUUUUUAUGAUUAUGCCAUUUGUAAAGCGGCUCAAGAAAUGGGUUAACGAUAAACGCAACGGCGUAGAAACUAGACGCAAAUAUUCAGGCGGAAAUAGUGGUGGCGCAGGAGGCAUUUCGUCCGCUUCAACAUCUCCAUUAACUACUGCCGUUAACGGUGGUGGGCAAAACCAAAAAUCCAAUCAUAGUUCUAAAAAACAAAGAUAUCAACGUAAUAAUAAUAAUAAUAAUAAUAAUAGUAAUAAUAAUAAUAAUAAUAAUAAUAAUAAUAGUAACAGUAACAACAACAAUCACAAUAAUAAUAAUAUAAAUGAUGAGAAUAAUGCCUUAAAUAAUGGUGCUUUAUUGCAAGGGGCAUCAACAUACUCAACGUCCUCGUCCACUUCCUCCUCCUCAUGUACUAAUACUGCAAUAACAAUCAUUACUCGUAAUCAUACAUAUAAUGGCAACAACUACAACAAUAACAACAAUAAUAAUCAUACAGGCUGUACAAAUAAUAAUUAUAAUGCCUGUGGUAGAAAUUCGAAUGCAACCUUUUCAUCGGGAACAAAUCGUUCUAAAAGACAACGCCAUAAAUCCAUGGGUGAUUUAGAUGGUAUUAGAUUAAUUAAUAAUUUUAGUAAUUAUCAAAAUCAAAGUAACUGUAAGUUAAAAAACAAUAGCAGCAAUAGUGCAGCAAUUGCUGCAACUACACCAUUGACAGGUUCUUGUACAACAAAUUCAACAACGACGACCCCAACGAUUUAUAACGUUGGCAAUGGGAACGGUAAUGGUAACCAGCAGAAGAAUCAUUUAUCGAAAACUUUUGCUCACAGCAAUAAUGCACAAAACGGCGUUGGCAAUUGUAAUAGUGCUAGUAACAAUUCUACAGCAACUACAAAACGUCAAUUGUUCCAUAGCCAAAGUCAAAAUGGCAAUAUACAGCACCAACAACAACAAGGUGGUGGUGAGAAGAUAAUAAGUUCAUUUGAUUUGAUACGACGGGAGAAGCAACAGAUGAAAGCUGCCUUCGCUAAAGCUCAAAAACAGCAACAAAAUCAUAGUGUUGGUGGCGGUGGCGGCUUUGGUCGUGUGAGAGCUAAAUCACAAAGUGACAAAUUAUGUAAUACGAAUACUAAUAAUAAUAAUAAUAACAAUAACAAUAAUAAUAAUAAUAAUAAUAAUAACAAUAAUAAUAAUAAUAACAGCUGUAAAAACGGUAAAUGUUCAAGUCAUUUGGGAUACACCAAUAAUGGCAAUAAUAGUGGCAGUAGCAUGCAACGUCUACAAAAACAAAAAUCUAUGAUUGUAACUAAUAGCAACAACCAAAGUCAAAAUAACAAAAACAAUCAUCGUUUAAGCAAUAAUAAUAACGGUGGAGGUUGCGGCAGUAAUGGAAAUAAUUAUAACUACAAUAGUUAUAAGACGUGUACGCCACCUGCUCUCAGUGGAGUCGAUUUACUGGCUUUAGCUGCUACUGCAGCAUCAAGUGUGACUAGUGCGUCACUGAAAAAUUCUACUACUAGUAGUUAUCAGCAUAAGCAAAUCCAGACUAAUUUAAGCGGUAAGCCGAGCACUUUCAAUUCGACCAAGACGACAAAAAAUCAAAAGCUUCGACCCUCAUCAGUAUCAAUGCAUUUGACUGAAAAUGAUGUUCGAUAUACUAAUAGCAACAACAAGAACAACACCCAUCCACAAAACCAUAUCAAAAGGGAAUUAUCCGACUUAACUGCCGGCAUGCCACAAUUGCAGAAUCUGACUUCAGGCACUAAUUUGCGCAUAUUAAAACGUUCCACUUCGCAUCAAUCCACUGUCCAGCAACAGAGACCAAUUAUGCAGUUCACGCCCAAUUUUAAUUCAUGGACUAAUUUUACAUUUACCAAAAAUUUCAUAGCCAACGUCUUUUGUUAAAGAAGGGUCUCAGCAAACACAUCAGUCCAAGCAAUGAAAUUCAAAUUCAUGCAUUGUGAGUUUUCCUAUUUUGAUUUAAAUAUUUUUCUUUUUUUCCCUCUACAA